AUGAGUGUAAGGGAAUAUGCCUUGAGAUUCACUCAACUAUCCAAGUAUAGUCCUUCCAUUGGGGCGGAUCGUAGGGCCAAGAUGAGUAAGUUUGUUUCAGGAGUAUCCGACUUGGUUGUCAAAGAGUGCCGCACUGAUAUGCUUGUUCAUGACAUGGACAUAUCUCGCCUUAUGGUGCAUGCCCAACAAAUUGAGGAAGAAAAGCUCAAGGAGAGAUCUAAGGAGGUAAAAAGGGAUAAAGUGGAUGAUGGAAACUAUUUUCAUGCUAGGUCCGGUGGACGGGGUCGUUCUAGAUUCCAGCAAAGUUCUCCGGGCAAGGUUCUACAAGUGAUCUUCCGAGGCCAAGAAAUGAGAGGGUGUGACAAAAUGGAUCAUAAAAUAAGGGAUUGUCCUUUUGUUGCUAAAAAUGAUGGAGACACUCAUCGUAGGGCUCAACCCUACCCUUCAUCUGGUCCAGGGAGCUCAAGUGGAAAUGCUCCUAAGCAAAACCGUUUCUAUGCUCUCUAA